GCCACUAUACGGAUAGAAAAAGGUGUCAAAAAGCCACAGCCACAGAUGCUAAAGACUCCUGCUGCUAAUGGUAUCAUUGAAAGAGAUGAAACGCCUAUGGAGAAAGAAAUUGCGCGUCUGCAUCGAGCGGACUUCGAAUUCUCUGACAUAUUCUACUUCUGCAGAAAAGGGUUGGAAGCCAUUGUGGAAGAUGAAGUCACCCAAAGGUUUUCCUCUGAAGAGCUGGUCUCCUGGAAUCUCCUCACAAGGACUAAUGUCAACUUCCAUUACAUCAGCCUGAGGCUGACUGUUGUGUGGGUCAUUGGGGUUAUAGUGCGAUACUGCUUCCUGCUGCCCCUACGCUUUACCCUCGCUGCCAUUGGGAUUACCUCAAUGAUUGUGGGGACAACAAUGGUAGGACAGCUGCCAAACAGCAGUGUGAAAAACUAUCUGAGUGAAGUGGUCCACCUCACGUGCUCCCGCAUCCUUGUCAGAGCUCUGUCUGGUACUAUCCAUUACCAUAACAAGGAAAACAAACCUCAGAAAGGAGGAAUUUGUGUUGCCAACCACACAUCACCGAUAGAUGCAAUCAUUUUGACAAACGAUGGAUGCUAUGCAAUGGUUGGCCAGGUUCACGGUGGACUAAUGGGAGUUAUUCAGAGAGCCACCGUCAAGGCCUGUCCUCACGUCUGGUUUGAACGCUCAGAAAUCAAAGACCGCCAUCUAGUGACAAAAAGACUCAGGGAACAUGUGGCGGAUAAGAGCAAACUCCCGAUCUUAAUUUUUCCGGAAGGCACCUGCAUAAACAAUACAUCUGUAAUGAUGUUCAAGAAGGGGAGCUUUGAAAUAGGAGGGACAAUCUAUCCUGUUGCAAUCAAAUAUGAUCCUCAGUUUGGAGAUGCAUUCUGGAACAGCAGCAAAUACAACAUCGUGAGCUAUCUGCUGCGAAUAAUGACCAGCUGGGCCAUUGUUUGCAAUGUGUGGUACAUGCCACCAAUGGUUAGAAAGGAAGGCGAAGAUGCUGUGCAGUUUGCCAACAGAGUGAAGUCAGCCAUUGCUCACCAAGGAGGACUGACUGAACUUCCCUGGGAUGGAGGUCUGAAACGAGCAAAAGUCAAAGAUACUUUCAAAGAAGAACAGCAGAAAAACUACAGCAAGAUGCUGGUGAGAAAUGGAUCAAUAGGAAGUCUGUCUACAGGAACAGAGUCAGACUGAAUGGUCGUUCUUGAAAACUAAUUUUGCACAACCAGCCUUAGCAGGAAUAAUGUUUUUAAUUACGAAAACAAAAACCCACAAAAACUGGAGCAACAAAAUCCCUCAUCAUGUGUGUGCAUAUUCUCUGUAUGGCUGGUGCAAAG